AUGACGGGCAAAAGGUCUGCUCUAGAUGCUGCGGACAUGCCUCCCAGAGGUAAAAGACCCCGUACUGGUGCUGAACAGGCACUAGCUACCAACACCAAGUCGCAAGGUUUUCCUCUUCUCGAACUUCCACCUGAACUGAGGAACAUCAUCUACAAAAUGGUUCUUCAUACGGAACGCGUCAACGUCAGCAUGCUAAAACCAGCAAAUGUCCACCGUAUCCAUGUCAAACCCUCAACGAGACUGAACCCGAACCUACUCCUGGUCAACAAGCAAAUUCACUCCGAAGCAGGCUCGUUUCUUUACAGCAACGACUUCUGGUUUGACGAAACUCGUUCUCUAGUCGUCUUUCUCUUCCAACUCAAGCCAGGGACGAGGUCAUGGAUUACAUCAAUCUCUAUUCACAAAUUCAAAACCAACAAUUUCACCAAGGUCAACAACUACAACGCCUUCUGUCUCCUCGCUGAGUCCAUGAAAUUGAGACACUUGAACAUCCCCAAUGCCUUCAGCGACGAAACAGGAGCAAUUAGUCAAACGAAGGUCAACACGGACAUAUUCCGUGACGCGAGUUCCUGGAUUAAAUCAGUUGGUAACCUCCACGGUAACAAGUAUGCCGCCUUGGGAAUCAUCAGUAUCAGGCCUGCAAGCCAAGACCCGCUGUCCGGUUGGCCGCCGGUGAAGGCCUGGCUGUUAGAGGACAAAGAAUCAACGAUACUCAACUACAACUUCCGCCAUUGUCUCAAAGAGGCGUUGGACAAAAACGAUGACAAGGGAGGACCUCACUGA